CAAACUUGCUGACAGUGCACUCUGCCGCCGGUUCUGCGUCCCGCCGGUUCUGCGUCCCGCCGGUUCUGCGUCCCGCCGGUUCUGCGUCCCGCCGGUUCUGCGUCCCGCCGGCUCUGCGUCCCGCCGGUUCUGCGUCCCGCCGGCAGCCAGGGCCCCGCUGCCCUUCCCCAGUCCGGAGGGCGGCCGCAGCCCCGCAGGCCCAGCCCGGCAGCCGGCGGCGCUCAGCCCGCCCGCAGCGCCCUCCUCUCAGCCGCGGGGCCGGCCCGGGCGCGGCGAUGGCGGCCGAGGCGCAAUGUAAGAGCUGCGCGGCGGGAACCGGCGCUGCCCGCGGUGGCGGGGCCCAGGGCCGGGGCCGCGGGGCUGAGGGGAGCGCUCCGUCGGCCUGGAGCGAGCCGGCGGUGGAUCACUUCCUGAGAUCGGGGCGCAUCGGGGCCAGAGACGCGGCCGCCGUGAGGUGGUUCCACGCCGCCAACAGCAAGGCCCGCGCCCGGGAGGCUGCGAGAAGUGACGUUCAUAUGAUAGAAGCAGAUGUUCUUCUUCGUGGUGGUGUGGGAGGGAAUGGAGAACCGAUCAUGGCUCACCCUCCCGAAACAGACAGUGACAACACACUGCAGGAAUGGCUAAAAGAGAUUGUCAACACAGAUAAAGGCAUCAAACUGGAUUUUAAGAGUCUAGAAGCCGUCCGACCUUCCCUGGAGCUUCUUGAGCACGUGAAGCAGCAUUUGAGGCGACCCGUUUGGAUCAACGCAGACAUCCUCCCGGGACCUAAUGGACGUAAUGCUGCGGUGGAUGCUAAAGGAUUCCUCGACGCUGUCACUUCGUUCUUCCCAGAUGUGACCUUAUCGCUGGGAUGGACAACUGGCUGGCACCCUGGCAAACACAACAAAGGCUAUGAUUGGGUGAUGGUGGAGGAAAUGGCUCAGAUAGGCAGUACUCUUUCCCAGCCUGUAACGUUCCCUGUUAGAGCAGCAUUGGUGCGACAGUCAGUGUCUGAGCUGUGCUGGUUAAUGCAACAGUCGGAUAGUUACAGUCUCACUGUUUGGACAGGAAAAGAAGAUGUGUAUUCUGUAGAAGAUUUGCUUUACAUCCGAGAAAACUUUGAUAAAAGUAGGGUUUAUUAUGACAUCUUGGAGCCACAAAAUUCUGAAUUCAAAAAGGCCAUAGGAAUAGAAUAGAGAAUACAAAGCACGCAAUUUCUGACCUUAUAAUACUUAGCCUUUUCAAGUGUGAAGGUUUCUUGCUCAGGGAAAUACAUUUUCCUUCCCAAAAUAAUCUUAUAGAACACAGCCGUGGUAUCUGUAUAACACUUUACUGAAAGGCUUCCCAAAUAGAAAUUUUAAUGCCACCUUUAAGAGGUCAGAAUUGUUACUUACCAUAUGCAUUUUCCUCUCAUUCACCAGUGGUGUGUAGUAAACGCUGCUCAUGUUAACUAAAUAUAGUACUUCUUCCCUGCAAGCACAUAAAAGGGAGGAUGACCCAGUGGACAGUCGAGGACCAAAUAAUUUGCUGCUAACUGCUUUUGUCUAAGCCGAAGUCUGUGGGACACUCAGUCACUACCAAAACCUGUUUUUGCUUUUUACAGGGGAGGAAAAGAGUCAAGACUAUGUUAAGUACAAAACUAUGCAGUUCCCAAAGUGGUUAUUUUGUAGCUCAUCUAGAAACGCUCAAUUUUUAAUGCUAUUGCAAUUAGAUAAUGUUUUCACUCCCAGUCAACAGAUUCUGUUUGCUGGAUGUGAAGAGCGGGGUCUGUCAUGCUACGCAUCCCAGAAAGAAAGGUUAUUUUUACCAAAUAAAGCUAACAGGUUCUCCGCAGUGAAUUCCAUGUCAUGGCUUGUCUCUGUGCUUCCUGAGCCAUCAGUCCGAGAGCUGCUGGGCUGGAGUUGUCUCUGCACCGCGGGAGGUGCUGGGGCAGACAGAACACCCGCAAUGAAGAAUGAUCCUGUCCUGUACGUGAAGCACGAAGAUGGAUUACCGUGAGAUACGCAUCAGCGACAGCACCAAAAGAGCUGUAGUGGUUUGUAAAAUAGAGAACUGCUGGUGGUUCUUUCAAGAGUUUUAAACUAAAGUGUAAGAGGAGUUACCUAAAAUGUUGCACUGCCGUCUUUUUGAAAGCCAGAGGCUCUAGGAAUGAAGUAGCCGCACAGUGAUGAGUGCCUACAGCAAAGAUCGUACAUUUCUGUGAAAGUACAGUUAUUUGCUACAUUCUCCUGGAUUGCGCAUAUUUUUAACUCUCAGAAUGUGAUUUCAAACAUUUUCAAAAGUUGAUGUUGCCUUUGAAAAAUUCUGAAAUCAUUGCAACCGUGUUUAUUAUCUGCAGGAGUCCAACCUCUUUCAUUUCGAGCAUUUUUUUGUCUCUCUUGCUUCUGCAUCCCUUAAAAUGAAUACAGAUACUGAAAUCUCUGCAGAUUGAGAUGGAAGUUGUGUAUUGUCAUAUUUUGCCAAACACUACAAUUUUUUUUUUCACAAUGACACAGGAGAUUUUGAUUUCUAAAUGAAAUCUGACUCUGUGAAGAAUCGUCUCUUUGCCCUCCUUUCCCCAUUCCUCUCACAUGCAUUAAUUUUUUAAACUUUGACAUUUUGCACAACACUGAACAGGCUAUUAGAACUAUAGAGUUAAUUACAGCAUUUUCUGGUUCUUACAGCUUUUUUUUUAAUAGCACAACUGCGAUAGAAAAGUUAGUUAUAUUUAUUAAUGCUCAAUCAUGAAAUAUGGUGAUUUCAUGCAGCCAGUAAAAUUCAAGAUUCCUGGUUGUUACUCAAGCUCCUUUGCCAGGUUUAUCUAAUAAUUGUUUUACAUUAUUGAGGGGCAGAGCUUUCAUAAUUUUUGUUAAGAUAUACUUUCAAGAAUAAGAUAUACUUGGGUAAAAUUAGGAAAUAUUUUUCCAAAUAAGGAAGAAAACCAUCUAGUUAUACUUGGAAUAAUUAGGCAGGGUACUUGAAUUAAUUUACACAGUCAGUCAGUAUGAAUGGUGAUAACCACCAAAAGGUCAAGUUUGGUAGUGUGACCUUUUAAUGAAUUGUGAGAUAUAUUUUUAAAUUCACUGUGACAACAUGAUCUGAUUUGAACUGAUUGAACCUCUCAGUUCUUUAUGUUUUCUUUGAGCGUUGCUUGCAAACUUUACUGUACGUGGGAUGAGGAGGGAUUAACUGUUUCCUAACAUCAUAACUAUGGAAAAUAAUUUAAAUACUUCAAAGAUGCUUUUCUAAGCCAGACCAUAUUGACUGCCACAGGUUCAGGAGCUGUUGUGUGAACAGACCUCACCACGGCGUGUCUGUUUUGGGUGAUGCCCCUUCCACCCAGCUCCCCUUCUGGGAGAACAGGGUACAAGACUGACCAAAGCUCCAACUAAGCCAGAGUUAUAGGCAUUGCUUUGAAUCUGUAGCACCUACAGUAAAUCAGUAAGAAACAGUAUAACUCAGAGUUUUUUAUAUUCUGGGAUACACCAUUGAACAAGAAGCGCUUCGGGGACAUCAGCCAGCAUUAGCGAUCAAAUGUAACCUAGCUGCAUUACCUAAAAUGAAUUGGGUGGGCAGGUGUUGCAAUAACAUUUACUUUUGAGAGACAUAAAGGAAAUACCAUGAGGACACAUUGCUGUAGUCGUGUUAUUUGUCGAAUGAAAAUGCCAUUAAAAAUCAUGGCAUUUUUUGUAUUAUUCUUAUUAAACACUUUAUUAGUUCUAGGCCGAGUGUAGAUUUCUUUUCAAGAUAUAGGCAGUCAUUCAGAAGCAGCAAUACUUUCUAGCCACACAUUUACUUCUAAAAGAUUCAAAGACAAGAGUAUCUUCUUGUCCUUUUGUUCCACAAUUUAAAUAGAUGUUUAGGACGGGCAGGGACUCCGAGAUCUGUUUCAGCUCCUCGUUAGAGCUGGUUAAAUUUUCGACUUGUGAGAUUUUAUCUUUCAGUUGGUUGGGCCUUUUUGUGUUCAUACUGACAAACUUUUCUGUGGUUUAGAAACCUUUUUCCCACUUCUCAGUUCACACCUGGAGUAUUAGGACUUCUUAAAACUGGUUAAACUCUUUAAGUAAAAAACAGGAGAAGUUGUCAGAAGUAUUUUUAAGGGUACAGGCAUCAUGAAAGAUAUACUGCUGAAUAAUAUAUGUGGAUAUGAAUAAACAGGGAUAUUCAGAUAAAAUACAAAGAAGACAUGAUCUGGAUUACCAGAAAAAUUAAUUAAGGUAAUGAAACACGUAAAACUAGAUUAAACAAAAUGCUGGAAACUAAUUCCAUGAAGCAUUCUUGCAGUGACAGAAGUGUUUGACUAUGUGGCAAAUUUGAUUAUUCUGCAUGGAUUGUCCUAUAUAUCUGAGUUUCUGAAUGUAUUCUUUUUUAUUUUUAUUUGGAUUUUAGUUUCCUGUGAUGAUGUUUAUGUCAGUCUGGUCUUUCAUGUAAAUAAAUUAAUUGGAAUUUGUUUCGCUGCUUUCAUGCCAGUCUUCAUACAAACGCUCUCCUGAAAUAAGAUGUGUAACUGUGGGGCUGACAAUAAGAUAAUAAACGUGAGAUGAAACCCAGUGGCAGUUCUGUGCCUUGUACUUAAAACUUUGUCUAGGAGCUAUAAAUUCUGCCACCUCUUUCUGAAAUGAUUUUCUCUCUUAGUGUUUCUUCAUGUCUGUCAGGGUUUGAGACUUAAUUGUCUUUCUUACAAGAAAACCUGGUUGACUUUAAUGGAGUUAGGUAUUGUUCAGGAUGUCCCAGUGAGUUAACUGAUUAAUAAAACAUUUCUAAUUUACUGCAAGUGUAGCUCAAGUUUGUAUUUUUCUUUGAAUUUGAUUGACCUUUCUAAAUAGAUAAAGUAACAUGUUGCGGAAGAGACGUGAGUUCAUGAGUCCUGCACAACUACUCAAUAAUAUCCUGCUGUAAUGCGGAAGUUUACUGAUGAAAGCAAAACAGAAGCUGAUAUUUCUGAGGUUUGUACUGUUUAAAUGCCCCCAGAGAUGCAUUUUUUAUAAGAAGUUGUCUCCCAUCUUCAUUGUUCAUUUAAAUAAUUAUUCAGCUUUGGCCUCCUCUGACUAAAAAACAAACAAACAAACAAACAAAAACCCAACACACACCAUCUUUUUCAUGUCAGCAAUGUACGUGCAGCCACCCCUGGAAUCUCAAUUUGAACCUUCCGAAUUACCUCGUGCAGAGUUGGGUUUACAUCAGCCUCCACCUCCGCAGCCCGCCAUCAGGAAUUUAUGUUAUUGGUGAUAAGACAGAGUUACCGAAUCACACAGAAAAUCUUUAUAACUCAUUUAAUAAUUCGGUGAUGAAAUGGCACUGUCCUUCAAGAAAAAAUGUAGAAAUUACAGUGUUCGGGGAAUAAAAAUGUUGGGGCUGGUUUGGGUUUUGUUUGCUCUUAAAUGUCAGAGAAUGCCUGUUAUGAAUUGCAUCUUACAUAAUAUUCAAGAAUCAGGAGAUGAUUGUCUGUAGAUUCAAUGUUCUUCUAAAAUUCAUUUUACUUGAUUCAAAAUCUCUUUCAACUUUCUCAGUAUUUCUUUUAAUAAAAGUACUAAUAUAAGAAAAUAUA